AUGCUUUAUGCUCAGAGUACCAGAGGCAGAGGAAGAGGCAGAAGCCUAGGUGGUAGAGGAAGAGGAGGACAAGGAGGUGAGCAAGUCGGCCAACAGAACUGGCAUGACAGAGGUCAAGCUCGGGGUGGCCGGACAAACAUAAAUAAUAAUAUUGAGUGUUAUAAUUGUGGAAAGAAUGGGCAUGUUGCCAAGGAUUAUUACUCGAUAAAAUUCUACUAUUGCAGAAAGCUGGGUCAUAUUUCAAAAGAUUGUAGAUCCGAGAGAAAAAGGAGGAACCAACAAACUUCUUUGCUGAGAAAGAAGAUGAAGGGUUGUUUCUGGUGA